GAACCCUUAUUUAAUUUACGUUAUUGGAGCCAGCGAGAGAGAGUCCCGUGUGUUCUCUAUUCAUUUGCUGCUCUGCAUCUCCAUCGUCCACUUCGAAUCAUGGGUUUAGGGCUUAAAAGUUAGAACCUCUUUCUCAUUCUUCGGGCGGCGGCUUGCGUAGUAGCUUAAGCUUGUUCCUCCAAAGGUGUUCUCAGAAUACCUCUUACAACCCUAAUCUUCUAGAAUUAAUCAAAUUUUCUUGCUUCGACUCAGUUCACUAACCGAAAGGUAGCUGCAUUUUAUAUAGAAAAAAUGUCCCUGACGCAUCUUUCAAUCUCUUUUUCUUCAUCUUCAUCCGCUUUUUUGAGCUCAAACAGCAUCAACUCCAGAACUUUGAAGGUUGCAGUUCCGGCAAAGAAGAAUGGGAUAUGUAAAUGCAUCGCAACACCCCCGGCGGAGACGGCCGCUUACAAGACAAAGGUCUCUCGCAAUGCAAACAUGGCAAAACUUCAAGCUGGAUAUUUAUUCCCGGAGAUUGCUAGAAGAAGGGCUGCACACAUACUGAAAUAUCCUGAUGCACAAGUGAUAAGCCUUGGAAUUGGUGAUACAACUGAGCCCAUUCCAGAAGUCAUAACAUCUGCCAUGGCACAGAGAUCACAUUCAUUAUCAACAUUAGAGGGUUACAGUGGUUAUGGAGCUGAACAAGGUGAGAAGAAAUUAAGGGCUGCAAUUGCAUCAACUUUUUAUGCUGACAUGGGCAUUGAGGAAAGUGAUAUAUUUGUUUCAGAUGGUGCAAAAUGUGACAUAUCCCGUCUCCAGCUUCUUUUUGGUUCUAAUGUAACAAUGGCAGUGCAAGACCCAUCAUAUCCGGCAUAUGUUGAUUCAAGUGUUAUAAUGGGCCAAACUGGCCAGUUCCAGAAGGAUAUUGAAAAAUAUGGAAACAUUGAGUAUAUGAGAUGCAGUCCUGAAAAUGGCUUCUUUCCAGAUUUAUCAACUAUUCAGAAAACAGAUAUAAUCUUCUUUUGUUCACCAAACAAUCCUACUGGUUCUGCUGCAACAAGAGAGCAAUUGACACAGCUGGUACGGUUUGCCAAGGAAAAUGGUUCAAUAAUAGUCUAUGAUUCCGCAUAUGCCAUGUAUAUAUCAGAUGACAGACCUCGGUCUAUAUUUGAAAUUCCUGGAGCAAAAGAGGUUGCAAUAGAGACAACAUCAUUCUCAAAAUAUGCUGGGUUCACUGGAGUCCGACUUGGUUGGACUGUAGUUCCAAAAGAGCUGCUUUUCUCUGAUGGGUUUCCUGUUGCCAAGGACUUUAACCGUAUUGUUUGUACUUGUUUCAAUGGUGCAUCUAACAUUGCACAAGCUGGUGGAUUGGCUUGCCUUUCUCCAGAGGGUCUCAAGGCAAUGCAUGAAGUUGUUUCUUUUUACAAGGAUAACACUAAGCUUAUAGUGGACACAUUCAACUCCCUUGGUUUUAAAGUAUACGGAGGGGAACAUGCCCCUUAUGUUUGGGUCCACUUCCCUGGUCGAAGCUCAUGGGAUGUGUUUGCUGAGAUUCUUGAAAAGACCCAUAUAGUUACAACUCCAGGCAGUGGCUUUGGACCUGGUGGUGAAGGUUUCAUCAGGGUUAGUGCCUUUGGUCACAGGGGGAACGUCUUAGAAGCCUGUAAAAGAUUCAAGCUACUUUACAAGUAAGACGGUGCUUCCCAACUGGUUUCAAAAAUCAAUUUAUCUGCCAAAUUGAUGUCCUUGGACUUCUGUAACAUGUACCAUUUUUAUUUCUCAACUUUGACAUUUAGGUUUUUCUUAAUUGUUUGAUUGUUUCUCCUGGUUAAAACUGCAAAAGCAUUUUUCUGCUUUGAGUCUUGUGCUUCCUUUAGUGAGAAGAUUAAUCUGCAAUUUAUUCAAGCGAACUUCUUUUAUUGUCGUGUUGGACUUGGAGCUGAUAAUCAUGUAUCGGUGUAAUGCCUAUUUCCUUUCAUGCCCAA